ACAAAGAUUAUUAGAAAAAUAAUCCAUCUCUGAGUCCAUAUAAUGCAAGUGGACAGUCAUCCAAAAGUUUAGUCUUCAAAAACCCACAAAGCAAUCACAACGAGAUUUUCUGUAGAUACGUGCACCUGAAACAUGAGCAUGUUUGGAGUCUUGAUAUAUGCAGCAGCUCUUCUUACGUCUGAAGGGGUAUUGGUUCAAGGACCUGCUCAGCCUCUGGUUGCACAACUGGGGGGUUCCAUCAUACUGCCCUGCUCUGUGGAAACCCCGUUACCCAUGGAGGAGCUGGAGGUUGAAUGGAAGAGGACAGAUGAAGAGGCAUUAGUGCACUUGUUUCAGAAUGGAGAGGACAGACCUGAGGCUCAGCAUCAGUCUUACAGGGACAGAGCACAUUUUUUUUCUGAGCAGAUCUUUAAAGGAAACUUCUCAAUCCUGUUGGAAAAUAUAACAGUUGCAGACACUGGUAUCUACAGAUGUGUAGUUUUCUCUUACCAGAAUGUUGGAGAGAUCUCUGUUACAAUUCAGCAUGCAGAACGUGUAAUUGUGACAGCAGAAGAUCAAAUUGUAUUUGCACGUGUUGGUGAGGAUGUUGUUCUAAACUGCAUGGUGGACUCGCAUAUUCCUCCUCAGCGCAUUGACGAGGUCUCAUGGAAGAAGGUGGACAAAAAGCCAGACAUUGUCCUUGUGUUGCUUUUCCAAAAUGGAUCGAUAUUUCCAGAAUCGUCUCACAAGCGUUACAGAGGCAGAGCAGAGUUCUUCAGACAAGAAAUUCCCAAAGGUAACUUCUCAUUGAGACUAAAAAAUGUCCAGACUGCCGACAAGGGAGAAUACAUGUGUGAAGUCCACACAGACAAUUCAGUGAGCUCUGCAACUGUGGAAAUUGGGCGGUUGGGGAUGUCUGCUCUGCACAUCAUUACACUGAUGCUUUGCUUUAUUUCCCUCUUGUUGACUUUUGUAUUAAGUAUUCCAGUCACAAUCUAUAUAAGCAAAAAAGAUACUGGCCCAAAACCAAUGUACAUAAAUUAUUUGCAGGUUGUCUGUCCCAACAUCUGUUUGUCUAUUGCAUUUGUUCUGUGGGGAGUUAUUGAAGGGUCUGUAGUUGAGGUAACGAUGUGUAUGACAAUCAAUCUGAGUCGGGUCAUUUUGUUAUUUCUUAUGGCCCCAUAUUUCAAUUGGAAUACUACUGUUUCUGUUAAUUUUCCAGGUUUCAUCCACAGAAUAAUUGAAUUUGUAGCGAUUCCCAUUGCAUAUCUUCUGAUUUCCACAGCAUUUUGCUCAGCUGUUCUUCAUGAUCUCUGGAAUACAUCUCAGUGGACUGAAGUUGUUCUUGUCAGUGUUGGGAUUAUUCUGCUGUCAUCCAUGCCUGCAAUUUUUCGAGCCUUAAACAACGUUUGCUUCACACGAUUUUUUGAUAUACAUUUGUCAGUGCAAUUUAUUAUAGAGAAUUUAGGACACGUUCUCAUGCAGUCAAGCAACUUUUUUCAAAUGCGUCUUCUCUUCUAUAGAUCAUCAAGUGUUGAUGAAUCCAUGAUUAAAAUUACAUAUGCCUUUGGGGGAAUUUCUGCAGCCAUAUCAUUAAUAGUUCUUCCAAUUCCAGCAAUUCGCCAGUACUUUUGUUCAAAACUGGGCAAAUAUCAACUUUAUGCGCUUAUAUGGAGAUGUUAUUUAGUUUGGGUAAACGUUAUGGUUUUUACGCUCAUCGGGCAUAGUGCAUUUAUUUUAUUUUAUCUCAACAAGAUUCUGGAGUAUACUAACGAGCGCUUCGGAUGGAUCUUUGUCACAGUUAUGCUCCAUGUCUUGACUGCAAUUUCACCCACACGAUUCCCCAGAAAAGUUCCCGAUGUAAUUUACACUACUUUGUUCAUGUAUGGAGUGGCAGGUCUACCAGUGGUCAACUCUGUUUCUCUUGCCACAGAAUUAAUAUUGCAAGUAUACAAGGGGGAGAGAACAGUGGAUGAUCUGCGUGUAAUAGUGCUGCCGUUUGAAAGCAUUAUGUCUGGUGUGUGGCUGGUUUUACAGAUCCAUGCAUACUGGGCAGUUGCCGGGAGAGACGUACAGAAUGAGCUGUAUGCGCUGAGGGACUUUGCGGCACAGUGCACACCACAGCAAGGAGACAUUGGUGAAUCAGAUUUUUCAGAGAAUCACCUUUCUGAGAUCCAAAGAUGUCAGCCAGAGGCAGCACUGUUCCUGGGAGAGCAAGAUCUAGAGGUUUAAAUCUUUUAAAGAAUAACGUAACACCGUGUAUGAUGAGCUAAUGCUACCCUACCUAUGCUAACUGUAUUGAAAAAUUAUGCAUUGUACAAUUUGUUGUUUCAAUAAUUUUAUUACAUUGGCUAUGGCUAAUGAAUUGUCUGUAAUGAAAACACUGCUUAAUCUUGUUUUCUCUGUUUCCACCUUCAAAUUGUUAACUUUAUUGUUAUUGUUUAUUCCCAUAGUAAUAAGCUGACUGCAUAGAUUUCUUUAGAAUAUGUUUCACACACAGAUUCACGUUUGAAUUACAUUUAAAACAUGUGUCUAGAAACAUGAAAAGUGUCCCUAUAAUAAAGAUGUAUCAAUCUGCCCUACCUCCUGAUAUGCUACUCUAGCUAAAAAAAGAAACGCAAAACCAAUCGGCAGCAUCAUGACACUGCUGAGCUGUUGAUUGGCUGAGGAUCUGUGUGUGUGUGGAGAGUGUGUAUGUGUGUCCUGUAUAAAGCACACUG